AUGAGUGGCGCCCACUCCAAUCAGACAGUCUUCCCUCAAUAUCGACAGCCCCCUCAUAACAAAAUGCAGGUACACACUUACACCUCUCGCCGAACUGCCUCCAGCGCCUCGAUUUCCACCACGACUAGCGGUGGUCAUACUUUUCUCCCGCUCCGAAACAAUUCAGAAGACCUAAGGCGAUCAAUCUCCUCUAGAUCUGCCGGUCCCAUCCAACCUACUAGUUAUGUGGCACUGAUGCGAAAACAAAAAGCUACAGUCUGGUGUGAUCGAGCGCAGUUGGAAGAUCCGCGACUUCUGGCUCAACAAAAAGCUGCAAAGAUGCAAGCAUCAAGAGAAGUGGUCGGUGGUCCUGUUCCACCUCGCGCUUCUACCAGUGGCUCAGCCAGCCUAUCGGGUAGUACGCGCGUAGCUGCGAAAAUUCGACAUCAUGGCAAGCCAGGACUCGUCGGAUAUACUCCCACCGAUCAAGCAGGGGGUGUGGUGGGUGUACCGACCCGUCUUAGCGCGACUGAGGUAGAGGGAGGAGAGAGCAACGAUGAUUCUGAAAUGCCUCAAACACUUGACGGAUCUAUCCACCGUCGUACGGGCAGUGGACGUAGCAGUAUCUCCAGUAGCCGAAAACGCCUAGCCUACCCACGCCAUUCCCCCUCCAUGUUAUCUACGACAAAGGCACCUAACCCAGGCAAAACACUCGGUGAUGGAAAACAAAUUCUGGGCGAGAGCCUCGUAGCUCCUGAGGAAAGUGAUGCCCUAUAUCUUUCGCAGCCGAGCUACUGCCAUCGCACUACUAUGGUAAGGGACAAUAACCGUUGUGAAAGUAGUGGAAGUAUCCGAGGUGAAAAGGCAGACUGUUUGCCCGAACUCAGUUCACUUCACUCCGCCAGACUCACGAGUAAUAGUCAUCUCAAUACAAGCAUGUCGCGCCAGAAGAGCACAAAAUCUCCCGAAGAGCUACGUCGAAGAGGCAGUGUCGACGAUAGAGCUAUGACCAUGGGGACUGUCAGACUAUACAUUGCCAACCCAGAUGCAGACAGUGACUAA